CAAUAAUCUCGGACCAUACAUUCGCGUACCGCCAUCAUCAAGGAUGGCCGGAGAAGCAGGAAACAAUGGUAACGGAGAACGACGGAAAAUAAAUGAUCCGUCCCCUCCAUAUUAUCUGUCUAGAGGACGGGGAUCCACUGGACGAGGACGUGGACGCAUGGCGGGCUGUCAUGCACUGCAUGUGGGAGAUGGCCGUAAGGAGUUAGCCGCACCACAAGAAAGCAGCAACGCCGUUUUGCAUAAGCCAGGCUUUACGGAUGAAGAGUGGCAGACUCUUCUUAAACUGAUGGAAAAGUGUAAGACCACUCCUACCGAGGAAAAACUCUCAGGACCUACUUACGAGGACACCGAUUGGAGUGGGUGAUCAACGAGGGGGAGUUUACUACUUUCGGAGUCUGGAUCGUGUGCAAAUUCAUGCUGUGGAAGGGUCUGACUCAGGUGAUUUGUGGCACUCACGGUUGGGGGCAUCCGUCAAUUAAAAUUCUGUGUUUAGUUAAUUGUUUGAAUAAAACAGUAUUACAUUAUGUUCAAAAUAAAGCCUGUGAUGCAUGUUUACGAGGCAAACAAACCUGUGAUAUUUUUUCUAUUAGUAGUGCUCGUGCUGUUGAACAUUUUGAGUUAAUACAUUGUGACAUUUG